CACGCCACGAGAGGAGCCUGAUGGGAGAAAAGAUUAAGCAAAUAUGAAGAGAUAAAUAAAUGACAGUUAAAGCAGUGGGAGGGGCCUAACAAGGAAAAAAGAGCGAAGGUUGUGGCAACAGCAGGCAUGACUGAAAGGAAACUGAGGCAGGCACAAUGAGACACACGAGGAGAUGGAUUUGCCGUCUCAUUCACUCUCUGUUCUUCAGCAGUCAAACAUGUCUGCUGUAUUAACAGUCUAGCAAAGCUUGCAGGCAGCGGUGGAGUCAGCCGUGAUUGCUAUCGUGUCGGUUUCUGUGCUUGCAGGUUUGUCGAAAUCGCUGUAAAACCGUGAUUUGAGUUCCCCGGGUCACUACGGUGAAACAUUAACAGCUCCCUGAAGCAUUUUCUCUGCAAUAUAUGCAAAGGCAGCGCUCUGUGCUGAAAGUAUCGACUGAGACAAGCUGGGCCCCAGCAGCAGGUCCUGACAGUGGCCGUCACCAUGGAGGAGAGGGAGCGGCAGUGUAACGGAGAGGAAAGAGGUGGUGUUGAAUCCCCCACAGGACAGUCCCUCGCAGCAGGAGAACCAGGCACAGCGUGCACGUGGAGGAAUGGUCAGUGUGUGGCGUCUGUGUCCACAUCCACAUGGUUCACACCCACGUUUGACUUCUCACUCUGCAGGACUCUUCUGGAAACCAAAGGCUUCCAGAUUCCAGCAGAGGACUUUGAGGGUCCGCUUCGUUUAGCGCUGGACCACCCGUCCGUCAGAAGAUACCUGCUUUUCAACUCGAGCAUUUUUAAUGUCAUCAUAGCACCCGUCUUGUAUGUGGUGCUGUGGUGCGCCGUGUACUCCACCCUUCACAUGUACCUCGAGGCCAGCACAGCAGACUUCUGGGUGCUCUGUCUGUGUGUCAGUCUGGUGUCCGUGAUCCUCGCCGCCGCCAUCAACCUCAUCUUUCACUACAGCAACAAAGAGAUCAACAUGAACACAGACGUGCGUUUGGUGGGGGUUAAUGAGCACGUGGUCAGACACAAGCUGCUGCUGGGAGUGGCUGACUGGGUCCAGAAAUGCAGAGGAAACCUGCAGCUCUUCUGUGUUUACUGGGACAUGGCCCCGUGUCUGAUGUCUCUGACUGAAGCGCUGGACAACAUGAGUUUUGUCACGGAUCAAGUACAGAAGAAACUGAAGAAAAGAAUGUCCCACCUAGUCCUAGUGACCGAGGUCACGACCCUGGAUCCUGAGGCUGGGCUACAAGAUGACGAGCUCCCCGAUGAAGAGCAGCCGCUGCUGCUGGAGGCCCGAGAGAGAAGCUCUUCAGCUAGUCAACGGGAAGACUCCAAACUCACCAAAACCUUCAGCUUGAUGCCUGACACCACUCGCUCAAACCAGGCGAUCGCUCAGCAGCUCCUGAUGACCUACAGCGCACUUUAUGUCAGACUGCUGGUAUCAAACAAGCUUCCUGCUCGUCCCCAGUGGCCUUCUGGUGCAGGGAAAAAUCACUGCACUUCCUGUCUGUGUCUGUGCGAGUAUGUGGAGCUGAAGGUCCUGCAGUAGACAGACGAUCAUGACUAUCAAAUCUCACAUUCAAAAGUAUUAGUCAUCCAUUUCUCUGGGACGAUUGUUUUGCUGUCAGUUAUGAUAUAGUCACAGACUGUUCCUGCUGCUCUUCAAACUGUUAUGAUUUCAUCUGUGAAAUAUAUAUAAAUAUUUGUUUCCUGA